AUGGCGACUCUGCAGAAACAGCCUGCGAAUAGAAUUAUGCAAAUCGAGAAACAGAACCGACCAGCAAGUCAGUCAAACGGAAACGGCAUGACGGUCUCCUACAACUUGGACGUCUCUUCCGUGAACUCGCUGGCCUUUGCCAAGCUCCUCUGCAAGUGGAACGGCUCCAUUCUCAAGUCGGUCCGAUGGGAGCUUAUUCGUCUGGGUCGUCGCCUACUAUGUGGUCGCUCUCGUCUACCGAUGCGUUCUUGAUGACGCCUCUCAGAAGUCAGAAGUUUAUCUUUUCCAGAAAACUUGCAGCCAAAUGAAUAACUUUUCAAGUUAAUUUUUUUUUUCAUGGAGAACACUUUCAAGAUAAAGUUUUGCCGCGAUUUUUGCUCAUAUUAUAGUCUCUUUCCUCUGAAAACUAACAAAGGAAUUCUGAGCCAUUGAGUGACCACUCAAGUGUUGUUAGCUUCCCUGUAGCUUUAAUUGAGAAAAUCAGAUUUCUUAAGUUAUUCUCUCCGUUCUAUUAGAGCUAUAAAAGAAAGAAACAUGAUUACGAAGUUGUGCAGAAUGUUUGCUCGAAUCUCAAAUCACCUGGACGACAAGCUGGGCUAUAUUCCACUCACGUUCAUGUUGGGAUUCUUCGUGACGAUCGUCGUCGACCGCUGGAAGCAGAUCUUCAACAACAUCGGCUUCAUCGAGAAGUUUCCAGGCCUUUCCAGGCCCUCUUCAGGAAGAAUUUCAGUGUAGCGCUCUCGGUGUGCAGCCUCAUCCGUGGCUCCGACAACAACGUACGUCUCGCGCGUCGUUCCAUCAUCCGCUACAUUGUCCUUUCCCAGGUUGGUCUCCACCAGAGCUUUCACUUCAGAGAUUUCUUUCUGGUUCUCGUCUUCCGAGACAUUUCCAUGCGAGUUCGCCGACGAUUCCCCACAAUGAAGUCUCUGGUCGAAGCGGGUGACUAGAGAGUCUUUUUUUCUUCAAUUAGAUGUGCAGGUUUCCUUUUCGAAAAUGAGCUGCAAGAUCUGGAAGCGUCAAAACUUGGCUACAACAAGUAUUGGGUGCCGAUCAACUGGGCCAACACUUUGAUCUGUCGAAUGCACACCGUUCGUCCUUUGUCGCAUGCUAGUUCCAGAAAAAAGUUUCCAGUGAAAAAAGAAGUUUCAAAGAAAACUACGAUGUCGUUCAGUUUUUUAUUCAAAGUAGCUUUGGUUUUCUUUCGUGAAAUUCUUCGUAUGAAAAACUUUUUUUCAAUUUUGGUUUCCAGUUUUCAAAAGUAUUCCUAAAAAAAAAGUUCAGAGUCCAACCAAAAAAAUUUCCGUUCUUUUAUAUGUUAUUUUAAUUUCAGCAAAAGUAUCUGGAAACGCCUGUUUCGUUGAACAACGUCCUCAAUGUAAGCGUCUAUUUCUUGAAUUUUCGAGCUGAUACUUCUCAGAAUGUGAAAGAGUUUCGAGUGACACUGGAGCAACUUUGCAAAUACGACUGGGUUCCCAUUCCGAUUGCUUAUCCUCAGGUCGGCCUCAGACUUCUGCCCAUGAUCCUGAAGUUUUCAGGUCGUUUUUCUGGCGGUCAGGAUGUACUUUCUGGUUUGCCUCGUCUCGCGUCAAUACAUAAUCCACGAGUUCAACGAUGAAAGUCCUGUCGGUGGAUUGAAAUAUCUUGAAAUGAACCAAUUCGUCCCUUUCAGCUUGACUUAUUCCUGCCUUUUAUGACAAUUCUUCAGUUUAUCUUCCUCGUUGGCUGGAUGAAGUUAUGGAUUACUUUUCGAUGGAAAAAAUAAAAGCCGUUCGUUUAGGUAGCUGAAGCAUUGCUCAACCCGUUAGGCGAGGACGACGACGAUUUCGAAGGCAACUGGAUAAUCGACAAAAACAUAGAGGUACCGGUUUUAGAAUGAAACAAUUUUCAUAGCCCUGUAUGAAAUACUGCCGUAGAAGAUUCUGCAUAGUGAAACACUUAUUUUGACUUCUCAAUAGCAAGUCUGAGCCAUUUACCAUUUUUCUGUGAACGAUGGUAAACGAAUUUACCACUUACUUCUUGGAAAAAGGUUUCCAGAGAUCUUUGAUAGCAAUUUGAUCAUCCUUUUGUUUUUCAAAACUACCGACGAAAUUUUGACCAACCUCUCAGACGGGAAUGGCGAUCGUGGACGAGGCUCACGACGUUUGUCCCAUUCUCCACGUCGACCGUUUCUCGAGUCCGCAAUUCGUCCCAAUGUACUCGGAGCAAAGCGCCCAGCAUGCCGUCAACAAGCUCACCGGCUCAGCUUCUCACGUCGAGUCAGUUCCUAAACCAUACAAGAUCCAACUCCAACUUCACCGACCUACUAGAAAGUUCUAA